AUGAGCAUACAAUCACCGACUUCUGAAUUCUCACAAGUUAUGGAACAACAGCAGGCUGGUGGUAUGCCAGAUAUUACUAUCCUAGAGAAUGAUAUUCAACAAAAGAUUGAAUUAGCAAGACAGGAAACAAAAUAUUUGUAUAGCCAAAUUGAUAAAGUAAAAAGUAAAGCACAUGAUGCAAAUCUUCUCGAUAUGGCUAAAAGUGUGCCAUCAUUGAAAAAAAAUAGUAUAAAUUUAAGUACAACCUUGACAUUAAAGGGCCAUAAUAAUAAAAUAUCAGAUUUUAGAUGGACUAGGGAUUCUAAAUCUAUUCUUAGUGCGAGUCAAGAUGGGUUUAUGCUUAUUUGGGAUACAACUACUGGUUUAAAGCAAAAUGCCAUUCCAUUAGAUUCUCAGUGGGUAUUAUCUUGUGCUAUUUCUCCAAGUGGGAAGCUAGUAGCAAGCGCAGGUUUAAAUAAUAAUUGUACAAUUUACAGAGUCUCCAAAGAAAACAGAGUUCAGCAAAGUGUUGUCUCGAUAUUUAAAGGACAUACAUGCUAUAUAUCGGAUGUGGAUUUUUUUGAUAACUCAAGAGUCAUAACAACAAGUGGUGAUAUGACGUGCGCCUUAUGGGAUAUCCCUAAGGCUAAAAGAGUAACAGAAUAUGCAAACCAUCUUGGUGAUGUCCUAGCAAUGUCGUUACCACCACAUAACACUGAAAAUAGUUCAAAUUUAUUUGCAAGUUGUGGUUCAGAUGGUUAUGCGUAUAUAUGGGAUAUAAGAUCUCCAGCAGCAGUGCAAAAUUUCUUUGUUAGUGAUAGUGAUGUUAAUGCAAUUAAAUAUUUUAACGAUGGUAAUUCUAUAGUGACAGGAAGUGAUGAUGGUAUAAUACAUAUGUUUGACUUGAGAGCUGAUUGCGAAAUUGCAAAUUAUAUGCUGAAUAAGGAAGGCAGACAAGAAAAGGAGCCUACCUAUAGUUCCGUAUCAACUUCAUAUAGCCCGAAGCCUAUGAAAUCUCCACAUUCUUUAAGUUCGAUGUAUCUAGAUAGCCCAGGGCUAUUAUCAUUAGAUUUUAGUAAAUCUGGUAGACUUAUGUAUGCAUGUUACACCGAUAUUGGUUGCUUAAUUUGGGAUACUCUUAAAGCAGAAGUUGUUGGUCGUCUGGAUGGACACUCAAAUAGAGUAUCCGGAGUUCAUUCAAGCCCAGAUGGUCUUGCUGUUUGUACUGGUUCUUGGGAUGCUACAAUGAAGAUUUGGACUCCAUCAACUAUGUAG